AUGAAUAUCAGCUACUUGGCAAGAAAUCGCAGUAGAGGGUCACUGUUUUAUCGCCUCUCUCUUUCCCGGCCAUAUUCCGAACAAAAUGAACCUCAUUGGCCGACAAUCAGAAGGAUUAGUCCUUCAUCGAACCAGCCCCAAGGAUUCCAUGAGGCCGAAGAAGUAGACGCAGAAUGGAAUGACGGAUCUGCGUUCGACCCUACAGACCUCCUGAAGAAAAGAGGAUUGAGGUCACAAGUGUGGGACGACCCCAAGACAGGCACUGAAGCACCUGGCGGCCCUAAUCCUUCCCUCUGGGCACAACCGGUGUGGCGUCCAGUUAAGUUAGCAAAACCGGUCCCCAGUGAGGGUAAGGAGGGAGACGAAUCUACACCAAUAUAUUUGAGGGAAAGCACAAGGCCUGUGGUUCCCGAAGAAAACGGAAACAAGCUCCUCCACCGGGCAGUUGAUCCGUGGAACGAGGAGGAGGUCAAGAAAGUACUGGAGAAAGGCAAUGCCGAUAUCAAUUGUCGAAACUAUUCUGGAAUGACGCCACUGCACCGGGCUGCUCAGCAAAACUUCGCACAAGGCAAAAUUGUCUAUUCCAGCGCUUCUAGGUGCAGAAAGAAUUCCGAUGUCAUUGUGAGAUUGCUACUUGAUGCGCGUGCCAGGGUAAACCCCCCAGAGGGCACAAAGACCCCUCCAGUCCACCUCGCAGCAAGGCUCAAGCGGAAGGCCAUCUUAUCACUGCUUAUGAAGGCGAAUCCUAACUUGUAUCUCCGGGAUGCGCUUGGGAGGACACCCCUUCACCACGCGGCCGAAAAGGAUGAAUACAAGGGAGUUUUCAUGCUCUUGACGAGACGCGACGGAAUAAUAGACAUCCAGGAUGAUGAAGGGAAUACAGCGCUACAUUUAGCUCUGAAGAAUGAUUGCCAAACAACAACAGCAAUGUUAGUACAAAUGGGUGCUGAUUACAAUAUACCAAGUCCCCAGGGCGGCGUGAUGGAUGAAAUGUUAGUUGAGGUCGCCCUUGACAAACUCGUCCGUUUUCGCGGAAUACCUGGGAUGAAGAACAAGUACUAUGGCCCAUUUCCGACACCGAGACCGGUUAAGCGGCUCAAAACAGCUGUAAUGGGCGUGGGAGAUGAUUGGGCCGAUAGAAUGGCUGAAGAAAAAGAAGCGGCAAGACUCAGAAAGAAGGAGCUCAGGGAGCUUCGGCUGGAAAAGCACAAGGGGAUCAAGGACAAGUGGAAAUCACCAUUUGUAUUUAAGCAAGAGGACCGGCCCGGUGAAUAA